AUGGGUACCACACAGGUUGAGAUCCCCAUCGAGAGCCCCGACAGCAAAGAUGUCGGAGCAAAGAUUGAGAUGUUGGAAUCAGCAUCCUCGAGCUCCCAGGACUUGGGCUUCGAUGUCAAGGCCACCAAGAAGCUGAUCAGGAAGAUUGACUGGACGCUUCUCCCAUUCCUCUCGCUCCUCUAUCUUCUCAGCUUCCUCGACCGCACCAACAUUGGAAACGCCCGACUGGCUGGCCUCGAGGAGGACCUUGGAAUGUCUGGCUUGGACUAUAAUGUCGCACUGUCAAUCUUCUUUCCGUUCUACGUCCUCGUCGAGCCACUCUCCAAUCUCAUGAUGAAGCGGACACGACCUUCAAUUUGGAUUCCAUCUAUCAUGGUUGCAUGGGGGAUCUGCACAACUCUCAUGGGUCUUGUUGAGAACUUUCCGGGACUUCUCGCAGCUCGUGCUGCUUUGGGCAUUGCGGAAGGUGGUCUAUUUCCCGGCGUGACCUUCUACAUCACAAUGUGGUACAAGCGCCAUGAAUGUGGUCUCAGGAUGGCCAUCUUUUUUUCUGCAGCCACGGCCGCAGGUGCUUUUGGGGGUCUCUUGGCACGUGGCAUCAUCGAAAUGGAUGGAGUCGGUGGAAAGGCUGGGUGGUCCUGGAUCUUCAUCCUCGAGGGCCUUUUGACUCUUGCUGUUGCUAUCCUUGCAUUCUGGACCAUGAACGACUAUCCUUCCACUGCAAAGUUCCUUGCUCCAGAGGAACGACACGAAGUAUCUCGACGCCUAGAGCGAGACCGUAGCUCUCUUGCCGAUGAGUUCAACAUGAAAUAUUGCUGGGAUGCUCUUAAGGAUUGGAAGAUCUGGGUUCACAUGUUUAUUACCAUUGGCAUCUAUACUCCUUUGUACUCGGUCUCCCUCUUCCUGCCAACAAUCGUCAAGACAUUGAACUACACGAACGAGACUGCACAGCUCAUGACAGUUCCGCCAUACAUUGUCGCCUGCUUCUGCUGCAUCACCGGAGGUUAUGCCGCCGACAGGCUCAAGACGCGCGGACUUUUUAUGAUCGGGUUCAACUUCACAGCGUUGAUCGGCCUCAUCAUGCUCAUUUCAUCCCAGAAUCCUCACGUCAAAUACGCGGGGUGCUUUUUCUUCGUGGCGGGAAUUUAUCCUAAUGUUCCCCAAGGUGUUGCCUGGAACGGCAAUAAUAUUGGUGGUUCUCUCAAGAGAGCAGUGGGCAUUGCGAUGCACGUGGGCUUUGGCAACCUCGGUGGCGCCAUUGCCGGAUUCAUCUACCUCAGUUCCGACUCUCCCAAGUUCAUCAAGGGUCACGCCAUCUUGAUCGGCAUGCUCACCAUGAGCACGUGCCUGCAGGUCUUCAUGACCAUUUACCUGCGGCGUGAAAAUGCCCGCCGAGACCGCGAGUAUAAACCCCUCGAGCAGUACACCGAGAUGGACAAGUUCGCCGAGAGGGAGAAGGGCGACAACGCCACCUUCUUCCGUUACACCGUUUGA